GCAGCUCUCUAAGACACACCAGUUCAGUGCCUUUUCCAGCAGAGAUCAUUGUGAGAGCACAGGUCGGGAGGAUGACUGCUCGUGUGUGUUGCUUGAUGAUUGUUUUAUUUUGUCUGUUUGGAUAUUUGAGUAUAACAGAUGCUGGAAAAACAACAGCAAAGCCAGGAAAGUGUCCACCCCAAUCAUCUGGAAAUAAAUCGUGUAGUAGUUCCUGUAAGAGUGACUCCAACUGUCCCAACAAUGAGAAGUGCUGCAGCAAAGGCUGUGGAAAUUACUGUACAGCUCCAUAUAUGGUGAAACCAGGUCAAUGUCCCGAACCAAAGAACAUUCCACUGUCUGCUGAAAGCUGUGACCAUGAUGGCCAAUGUCCUUCCACACAGAAAUGUUGCCCAACCACCAGUGGACGUGCUUGCAGUGAACCAGGUGGCCAGGGGAGCGGUCAGGGCCAGGGAAGCGGCUCUGGAUUUGGUCAGGGCCAGGGAAGCGGCUUUGGUCAGGGCCAGGGGAGUGGAUUUGGCCAGGGGAGCGGCUUUGGUCAGGGCCAGGGGAGCGGCUUUGGUCAGGGCCAGGGAAGCGGCUUUGGUCAGGGCCAAGGGAGUGGAUUUGGCCAGGGGAUCGGUCAAGGCCAGGGAAGUGGUCCCUGACAUGAUCAGUCAGGGAAACAGUCUUUGAACUUUCAUAGGAAUUUUGGAUGACACCUACUGGAGAUCUUUCAAUUCUUAUGGCAUUUUCCCUUUUGUUUAAAGUGGAUUUAAAAUUAUUGCACUCCUUUCCCUCAAAAAUAAAAGUGCUUGGA